GAGAUUUAAAAUAAAAAUAGUUGCGUCAGGUUUAAAGUCAUUCUAUAUAAGAGAAAAACGAAGGCAAUUCUAAUAAGUAUAAGACAUUUGUUACACAUUUACAUAUAUGAAAUAUAUAUACACACGUACGGUCUUAGAUUGUGGUCUGUUGAAUCAGAAUAAAUCAAACAGUUGACUUGUACAGAAAGUUCUGUAUGAUAAACAAUGAAGAUCUCAGAGGUUUUAAAUUGCAGUUUCUCCUCCUGGUAUCCCAGGUUUAAGGAUUACACUAUUAAAAGUCAAAUCCUUCCAUUGCCACAGGAGUUUGUAGAUUACCUACUUGCUGACCAAGUUGUCCUGCCGGAAGGGACAGUUGCUAUGUCAGCCAGUGACUCAGAUACAGAAGACAACAGAAAUACUGAGGAUGUUAUAGAUUGGGCAACACAAGAUAUUUUAACUCCAGUGGCAGAGGCUCCAAGUUUUCCAGAAUUUGAAGUGUUAUUGAAGAAUACAAUCAGGAGAUUAGGUGGGCAGGUUUUCCCAAAAUUAAAUUGGUCAGCUCCUAAGGAUGCUACAUGGAUAUCAUUUGAUAGAACAUUAAAAUGUACAUGUACCAGUGAUGUCUACCUCCUGUUAAAAAGUUCAGAUUUCAUAUCACAUGAUCUCACACAACCGUUUAAACAUUGUUGUGAUGACGAGAAUUUGAAGAACGAGACCAGUGUAAAAUAUGAGCUAGUUCUUAGAAAGUGGCAGGAGUUAAACCCAGCAUAUGAAUUCAGAUGUUUUGUUAAAGAUAACAAACUUAUUGAUUGUUUUGAUGUAUACAGAAGGUGUCAAGGGAAGUUGCUACUGUUGGAUUUUAAUCCAUUUGGACGUGUGACCGAUGGUUUGUUGUAUACAUGGGAAGAAUUAGAGAGUGAUGAUUUAUCACCAGCCGAUGACUCCCAACAUCAUGUUCCAGAAAUGAGAUGUGUUGAAUCACCGUCUGGAGUUAGAUCUAACCCGUAUGGAGCAUACGCCUUUCCUAAAGAUUUUAUAGACAUUUCUAGUGGUGAUGAUCCUGCAAAGCUGAUACAGUUGUUACAACUGAAAACACAAGAACAGAAUGGAACAGUUUCAAGUGAUGAGGAAUCUACAGAUUAUCCUGGGACAUGAUGAUGUAUAACGGCUCUGUGUUUUAAAUUUGAUGACUUUAAUAAAAAAAUUUCCAAUAUUCUCUAGAAGUGCUCUGAGCAUCUGAGAAGGGUUUUUUCCCCUAAAGAAAAUAAUUGAAUAAUGGACGAUAGAGGCUUCCAUACCUUAAAAUAAAUCAGUGUUAUGUAUUUUGAUCCAAAAUAUUCCAAGAUAUUCUAUUAUUACAAAUAUUUAUAUUUUUGUUUAAUGUUCAUCAUUGUAAAAUGCC